CCCCAUUCAAACUUUGCUUCAAUGGCUUCAAUGUCCUCUCGUGGCUCAAAUGCAUGGACUCCAAUGCAAAACAAGGCCUUUGAAAAGGCUUUGGCUGUGUAUGAUCAAGACACCCCUGAGAGAUGGCUCAAUGUUGCCAAGGCUGUUGGGGAGAAAACUGAAGAGGAAGUCAAGAGGCAUUACCAACUUCUCCUACACGAUGUCAAACAUAUCGAGUCGGGCAAUGUCCCGUUUCCUUAUCGAAACUCUAGCGAUGAUUUGCCGAGGAAAAGAGGAUGAGUAAGAAGUUCUUCAUUGAUCCAGCUAGUGCAAUUGCUGGAAGAAUAAAAGAAAGAGAACCAUUUGAAUUUUGCUUCAUGAGUAACCCUUUAUAGUAAAAGAAUAAAUAAGAGUUUAUUUGAAGUCUUGUUUCUCCCAAAAUCUAGGAGAUAUUUGGUCUUGUUUUUCUCCCAAAAUCUUGGAGAUAUUUGGUCUUGUUUUUCUCCCAAAAUCUAGGAGAGAUUUGGUCUUGUUUUGGUUGAUAUUCAUAUCUAUGAGAAAUGUCUAAUUUAAGAGAAA